AAGCUGUUAAUGGCGGCGUAAACAACGUGAGGCUGGUCGAGCAGUUAACAUCAAAAUAAUAAUAAUAGUACAGCCACAAAUGAACUCAACUUGUUUUCGAAAGGCAGAUAUAUACUCAGCGCCCAGGCUAUCGAAAUGUAAUUAUUUCACUUCAUGGUGUUUUAUUCCGGCCACCUUUUAGCAGUAGUAGUUGUGCGAUUCAGCGGAAAAGUUUGCAGAAAUGCAGUGUGUUGUGACGGGAGGAAACGUGAAAGUGCUGGCGAAAGCCGUCCAUUCUCUGUCCAGAAUCGGUGAUGAGCUGUAUGUGGAGCCGCAGGAAGACGGGCUGGCCCUGCGGUCUGUGAACUCUUCUCGGUCGGCAUACGCUUGUUUCCUGUUCGCACCGCUCUUCUUCAGCAGGUACUCCGUUCCCAAUGGGGUAAACUUCCGCUGCAAGAUGGCAAUAAAGAGUGUGCAGGCUGUGUUUAGAUCUCUGGCAACGUUGGAGAAAACAGUGGAAAGGUGUCACAUAGAGCUGGAAGAACAGAAGGACCGUCUCACUUUCACCCUGCACUGCAAACAUGGCUUGAUGAAGACACACAACCUGUCUUAUCAGGACAGUGAAAGCUUACAGGCAGUGUUUGAUAAGGAUGCCUACGCAAACACAUUCAGAGCUCACCCCAGAUUGCUGGUGGACACAGUUGCGCACUUCCCACCAUCUCUGGAAGAAGUAACUGUGACAGUGAGUGACGAAAGGAUGUGGGUCAGGAACCACGUGGAGGAUGAAGCAGAGCGGUCCAAGACCAUGCUGUCAGAGCUGUGCCUGGCUUCAGAUGAGUUUGACCAUUUUGCCAUGAAGACUCACAACAGCAUCACCUUUUGUCUGAAGGAGCUACGGGGGAUGCUGUUGUUUGCAGAAUCAACUGGUCUCCCAGUGUCCAUGCACUUUGGUGAGCCGGGGAGCCCGGUGGUGCUUUCAGUAACGGACAGUGUCCUGGAGGGAAACUUUGUGUUGGCCACACUUUCGGAUGAUCCCAGCCUGCAUAAAAACAACAGCCGAGGCGCAUCGAUGCCACCACCACCCCCUCCUGAUGACUUCAUGAAUGAUGACAUAGACUGCUAUUUAAUCGCCAUGGAUACCAGUAUUGCACCAGGAGCAUCUAGUGUAGACCCACCUGCACCAUCGUUAGCUGAUUCUGUAACAUCAAAACAUUGUGCUGCCACCAGUAACAGGACAAGAAUAUGCCUGGAGGAAGAGGAAGAGGAGGAAGAUACUGAGUGUCCUCCUAACAAGAAGUUCCGGUCCCUCUUGUUUGGAUCAGUACUCCCGGCGUCUCCUCAGAUGAGCAGACGGUCAGUGAUGACCCAGGAGGUGCUGGCCAGUGACAGUGAGGAUGAUGCUGAUGCUGAGUGACGGUCAGAGAGUCAUGGACAAUCUUGACAGUGGGUCAAUGUGAGAGCACUGUUACGGCGUCACACCUGGACCACUUUAGCUGAACAAAUUGGACAUUUUGGACUUCACUUUUCAUAUCAACAGUCCAGAGUGCGUUACAUGGAGCUGGUUUGAUAUAUGGAGGAUACAAAUGGUUUAAUAUACAGAGGCCGAUACUCUGGACUCAAGAUCUGGGAUUAUAUGAAACUAAUAAGGAAGCACUUGUAUGUGUGUAUGUGUGUGGGGUUUUUUGUAAUAUGACUGGUUUGUAAUGCAGAUGCAUGAUGUUGAUGCCCCUCAAAUAAAACAAACCUAUUUUUAAAGAAUGUAAACACCAUUUAUUAAU